GGCUUCGGCGCUAUAACUGCUGUGUUCUAGUAGUAACAGUCAUAUCGAAGGACUGGCAAGGAUAUUUCGUUCCUCUUUGAUACUAUGACAAUGAAAAGUAUACACAUGGGAAAUUAAAGACAGGACAUAUUUAAAGAUUAAUGAAGACGACCAUUAUUAUUAAACAUAUGAAAAAUACUUGUAUGAUGCUUAGUGCUUGAUAUCGUGUGGACAAAAACAGAAAUGCCUUUUACUGAAUAUUUAUGGAUGGUGAUAUGUCUACUGUUGUACAUAAAGCAGACGCUAGGAUUUCAUGUUGCCAAAAACAGUGACUCUUCUAUUCUCACAAACCUUUUGAUGGACCCAAGUUUUCAGUCAAGGCAAAAACGACCAGCGUUCUCAGAUGACAGACUUUUGGUGAGCGGUUUUAACACACCGAGCGAGUGCUGUCCAACCGUGACUCGUGCCAUUGCCCCUCUUGGAGGCCUAUCAAAAGACGGACAGUUGCUGCAACUGUUUAGAGACAGACACACUAUUCAAAAGUUUUACGAGACGACCUGUGCUCCUGAUAUUCGAAAUCAUCGGUGUAACUUUAUCGACCAUUCAAAAUGGAUAUCAAAAUGCCAACAGACCUUCACUUACACCUAUGCUAUAGUUAAGAAUUUUAAUGUGACUGAACCCUAUAGAAUAGACUAUAUGCGGAUGAAAUCGGGUUGUUCCUGUACAAUAGAGGGUCCAAAAAAUGAGUUCGCAAUUCUGGAUGAGCUGACUGCGGAGAUGUGGGAGGAGAAGUGAGGAACAGUGUCGUUGAUAGGCUGGUGCUGGUUAUGUGAUAACACGUAUAUAUACAUAUAUAAAUGUGCGACAUGUCAUGGGUCUAUCCUAUAUCGUUACUAUGACAGUGGCAAGGAAUGAAAAUGGCAUAAUCUGUAACGAGAGCAACUGUGUUGCAGAGCAGAAUUUCUCGACGACUUCUGUAGACAAGAAGAGUUCAUUGGUCAUGUUGUCUCACUUUUAGCGAUAUGGCGGUGCUGUUUAUUCAUAGAAAUGAUAUACUUGCAAUUUAAUUCAUUGCCCAUGUAAGGAAGUGCAUAUGGUUAUUAUUAUUUUCUAUUUUACCUUAUGAUUACAGAUUACAUGGUGAAGUCCAUCAGUGGGUACUUGUAUAUACUCAUCCAUCUAUC